AUGGCCUCUGCGGUGGAGGACCCUUACGGAUCGGAGGAGGAGAUCAUCUUGGUUGCCCAAGAUGAUCCCUACAUGGCUUCCUUGCCGGAGGCCGAGGAGCCGCGCGUCGAAGAGUCCCCAGCUGCAAAGGCGGCCACCGCCAGGACCCAGACGAAGAAGCAGGUGAGGCCCAAGAGGAAGCCGAAGGCCAAGCCCAGGCGGAGGCCGACGCAGACGGUGGAUCUGACGAAUCCUCGGGAGGACGCUGCUCCGGUCCAUCCCGUGGCCUCCUGGCAGGCCAGUGCCAGUGGCCCCGACUACGGCGAUAACUCUGCGACGCCCGCUAUCUUUGAGACUGCGAUUCCAGUGCCAGCGAAGGCCACCGUGAAGGAGGCCGUCGCCGAAUCGGCCCCGCCGACUACUAGCGGCACGGGCCCCUUGGGGCGGGCUUUGGCCACACUCCUGCCCUCCACCAGUUUCCAGGCCAUGCUUACGGAGGCCCUGGCACUCGUCCAGGAGAUGGCACUCAGGUGUCUGUCCUCCGAUGCCGAGGUGAAGCCAUUUGGCUCGCUUCUCCAAGGCACCUUCUUGGAAGGCUCCGAUCUGGAUCUCUACAUCACGACGGCCGCCAUGGGGAACCAAAGCAAGGGUCACCUCUGGCACAAGGUACAGGUGUCGCACCUGCAAAGACUGAUGCAGGGACUGCCGGAGAGCUUCCAGGUGAAGGAGACUCGCUUGGACUGGCACGUGCGAGUGCCGAUCUUGAUUCUGGACUUCCUUCCGCCAGCCACGCCAUCCGGCGACAACUUCCCGCCCAUUCAGGUGGAUGUCAGCAUGGGCGACAUGGACUCCUCUGGGGUGCGCAAGGGCCACGUGGAUCGGCUCAUCCAGGGGGCGCUGUCCAGAUCGCCCAAGGCGGCUUGCCUGGUCCUUCUGGUGAAGCGCUGGGCCAAGAUCGAGGGACUGAACAAGUCCUUCGAGGGUCACCUGUCGCCCCUGGCAUGGACUCUGCUUUGCCUGUACUUCCUGGUGGUCACGGACCGGCUGCAACAGAACGCGCUCUCGGCGUCUGGUUGGGACGUGCCUUCGCCACCCUCGGCUCAGCUUUGCGAGUCCUGCGUGUCGCACGAAGAGCUGGCGGAGUUUUUCGACAUGGUGGCCGGCUUCCAGAAGUUCCUGGAGUCGCGGGAGAACGACGGCAGAGGGCCCAUGGGCAUCCGCCUGAUGCCGGACUGCCGGCCGCUCACCGGGCGCCCGGAUGACCCGGCCGUCUUCUUCCUCGAAGACCCUGCCGCCAGGGCGGUGUCCAUAAAUGGCGUCAACGUGGCACGUGGAGUGAAGAGUCCGGAAAAGUGGCGGCAUCUUUUAAGCCGCUGCGGAGGUGCUGCCAAAGCCCUGCGUGCGGGCGCCAACCCCGCGGACUUCUUCGCCCGGCGACUCGCUGCCGGCGCUCCGAAAUCCACUAUUCGGUCCAAAGCCAG